AUGUUCCAGACUUAUCUCAAGGCACACGAGCAUGCAGAGGCCAUCAGGCAGCAGCUUGACACGCUCCAGGACGAACGGAUCGAGCUGCGUUCCGCCAUCCAAUCUCACAAGAAGGCCCUGAAAAAGGCCAAGAAGGAAGAAACCAAGGCGGCACGCAGGGCGAAGAUCGCCGACCUCGACAAGGAGUACAAGAAGGUCGGCAAGAAGGAGAUCGACAUGAGGAGGGACUACUUGGAUGCGCUGAAGAAGCUGCGCUAG